UUGUUUCAACCACAAUCUCCCAUCCUCCUCGUCGGUUUCUUUUUUUUUUUUUGGUCAACAGCCUUAAAACGUGGUCUAAAAUCGGCAACAAAAAAUUGCCGAUCUUUCAUUUAGGAGUUCUCCAUGUCCAUGAUUCGUCUUCAUUUCUCCCUAAUUUUCUCUCUUAAAUAACGGAUCUAAUUCAAUUCAGAUUUUGGGAUUUUAUAUAAUAAUAAUGAUUAUUGUUGAUAUUAUUCGAUUUGAGAAUGCUCGCGACGGAAUUUCAAGGGAAUUUGACACCGUUGACGAAUUUAAGCCUUUGGUUUGGGAGGGAUCAAAGCACAGGCGAUGGAGUCGCUAAACAAUGGAUCGGGUUUCAACGAGGUGGAGCUUGAAUCCUUUCAAAGGCAAAUAGCCGACCGGUUCCAAGACUUAGGUUCUGUUUCUUCCGAUGAAUUGCUUUCCCUCCCGUGGGUUCGGAAAUUGCUCGAUGUUUUCCUUAGUUGCGAAGAGGAAUUCAGGGGUAUCCUCGUUAACAACAAAGGCCGGCUAAUGAAACCUCCUUUGGAUCGGUUGAUCGCCGAUUUUUACGAGCGUAGUGUUAAGUCGCUUGAUGUUUGUAACGCGAUUCGCGACGGGCUCGAUCAAAUCAAGCAAUGGCAGAAGCUGAUGGAAAUCGUGAUUUGCGCUUUGGGUCAUCGUAAUGUCAAUAAAAACAACACCAAUAAGAGAAUCUUAGGAGAAGGGCAAGUUCGCCGUGCCAGAAAGGCUUUGUCAGAGUUAGCAGUUGGGUUGGUCGACGACAAAGAUUCCUCUCAACCAUUGGCUUUAAGGAAUCGUUCCUUUGGAAGAAACAAUAAUAGCAGCAAUAGUCAAUCCAAGGAUCAACAUCGUCUCGGUUAUUUCAGGUCAUUGUCUUGGAAUGUUUCGAGGUCUUGGUCGGCGGCUAAACAGCUCCAAGCAAUUGGGAGCAACUUGGUUUCACCACGAGCGAACGAAAUUACCGCCACCAAUGGACUCGCGAUGCUUGUUUUCACGAUGGGUAACGUUUUGUUGUUUGUAAUGUGGGCGUUGGUGGCUGCAAUACCGUGCCAGGACCGGGGUUUGCAAGUUCAUUUCUACAUGUCUAGGCAGUUCCCUUGGGCGGCUUCCAUCCUUUCAUUGCACGAUAAGAUAAUGGAGGAGUCGAGGAAGAAAGAUAGGAAAAGCACGAGUGGGUUUUUAAUGGAGAUUUAUCAAAUCGACAAGUGUUCGAGGUCGUUGAGUGAAUUGACGGGUUCGGUGCAGUUUCCGAUCAGCGAGGAGAAGGAAAGAGAGUUGAGGCAGAGAGUGCAGGAAAUGGGGCAGGUUUAUGAGGCAGUGACGGCAGGUUUAGAACCAUUGGAGAAGAAGGUUAGGGAACUGUUUCAUAGGAUUGUCCAUAGUCGAACCGAAGGGUUGGAUUGUUUAGGAAGGGGACACAAUUCUGAGUAAAAAUGUUUCUUGCAGUUGGAUCAUGUUUACCUCUGCCUCGGAAAUGGUUUAACCCUGUUUACCUCUUCCACGAAAAUAUGAUGCAAUGUGUAUUAUUGGAACAAGUAAACAUAGAUAAAAGCAAAUUAAUAAAAAUUAUAUACGAAUGUUUAAAAAAUUAAUAAAAAUUAACAUAUUUCUAAACA